AUCCCUGUUAAAAAUAAUAAUAAUAAUAAAAAUCCAACACAACAAAAUAAACAAAAACAAGAUAAACAACAACAACAACAACAAACAAAAAAUGAAUAUAAAAAAAUUAUUAAAAAAACAUUUACAUUAAAUAGAUUUUUAAUUAUAACAUCAAUAGUUUUAAUUUUAUGUUUAUUCUUAUUUAAUACUCAAAUUACUAGAAUUCUAUCAUCUAGUACACCAGUAUUUUAUUCGAAAUUCUAUUUACCAAUUCAAUCACAAUUUUCAAAGUUUAAAUCAGAGACAACUACAAAGAUUGAGAAUCAAGGUCAACAAUUAAAAGAAAAAGGUAAAGAGAAAAAAGAGCAAUUAAAAGAUAAAUCAAAUAAAAUCAUUGACGAUAUUAAAGAGAAAAAAGAUCAAUAUAAAGAUAAACUUGAACAAGAUUUAAAAGAUAGAAAAGAAACUUUUAAUCAAGAAAAGAAUAAACAUCUCCAUCAUCAUAAUUUAAAUGAAGAGGUAGAUGAUUUAUCAAAUCAAUUUAAAGAGAAAAAGGAACAAUUAAAACAAGGUUCAAAAUCAAAAUUUGAAAAAGUUAAAGAGAAAUCAAAAGAUUUAAAAGAGAAUAUAAAAUCAAAAUCACAUGAUUUAAAAGACAAUUUAAAUAGUGGGAAAGAAGAUACUGAAAAAGUCCUUGAACAUACUAAAGAUGCCAUAGGUGAUUUGAAAAUGAAGUUAAUGGAAACUUUUGAUUUUUCAAAUUUUGCUAAAUUAAAAGAUUUGGGUAUUACUGUUUUAAAUAAAUUGAAUAUUGGUGGUGGUAGUGGUGGUGGUAGUGGUGGUGUAGAUGGAAAAUGGAAUAAUUUUCAAUUUGGUUCAUUCGUUGCUGAGCAAGGUACGUUGUCAAAAGAGGAUGGGUAUAUUAGAUUGGAAUCGAAUCCAUUCACUUUAACUACUGAAUUAAGUGUAUUGGAUCAUAUUAAAUAUUUAGCAGUUUCUAAUCAAGUAUUUUCAAUUCCACAAGGUGGUAGUUUAUUCUCGAAUUUUUCAAUUCGUGGUAAAGCGUUGGGUAAUAAGAAUCACCCAUUUCCAUUGGACUUGGUUGAGCAAGAUGAUAUUGAAAGUGAGAUAAGAUUUGCUAGUGGUUCUUUGAAUGUAUUGGAUUUUAAGACUAGUAUAGUUGCAGAUUUCAUGAUUUCAAACUCAAAGCUUUACGCACUCUAUGAACGUUUACCAUUUUCAAGAGGUGAAGAGUUGGGCAAUUACGCCGCCUUUGUUUACACUAUCCCCGUAGCUGAUAUCAAGGAUCAGUCGAAAUUCAAUGAUGUCUCGGUUGAGUAUAAUGGUGAAAAGAAAUCCAUUCAUUGGUAUCUCGAUGAUAAGGAAGUAUUCAAAGUUGAUCAAGUUGGUCAUUUCUCACAAUUGGUUGGAGAUCAACAGUUGGUUGAAAGAGGUGGUUCUUUGAUAAUGUCAAAAGGCGGUGUUGAAACUUUGGCCUUUCCAACUGGCGUUCAAGUUUGUUUUGGUGUCUUUUCAAUAUUGGAUGCAACUAUCGCUGGUAAAAAUAUGGCUUUAGUUCGUUUAGAUGAUCCUUCAAAUAAAUAUUAUGAUCCAACAAAUUUAGAAAAAGAAUUAAAAUUCCAUGAUGAAAAAUCUAUACUUGGAAAUAGAAUUUUUGGUCAAGGUUUUAUUUUAGAUAUUCAAAAAAUUUCAAUUUCUUCAAAACAAUAA